GGUUGCCUCCAUUGCUCAACAGAAAAUCGCCGCUACAUUUUCUUGUUUGAUUAGUAGCUUUUAGUUUUGAGCUCGAGAGGGUGUUAAUGAUACGUAUACAUGCGAAUAUUAACGUUUUGUCAUUUUGUUAUCUCAAUUAAGAAAUGUUGCUUGUAAUGCUUAUAAACUGGACUCCACUCGUCAAGACAUUUAGCAGCUAGCUUGGGCUAGCUGUCCGUACUGUGUGUUAGUUACUCCAACUUUGUUUCAUUGCAGCCGCAUUAGUUUGCCACUACGCCACACUCCAGUGAAACAGUAGUUUUAAUUACACCUCAGGACCACUAAGAACUUCAGAGAAUGCUGGCGACGGGAGCAGCUGUGACUAAUGUCACAGCCCUGGCCCAGGUGGACCGGGAAAAGAUCUACCAAUGGAUCAAUGAAUUGUCCAGCCCAGAAACCAGAGAAAACGCCUUGCUGGAACUAAGCAAGAAACGGGAAUCGGUGCCAGAUCUUGCUCCAAUGCUCUGGCACUCUUGUGGCACCAUUGCAGCCCUGUUGCAGGAGAUAGUGAACAUCUAUCCAUCUAUAAAUCCACCCACACUUACAGCUCACCAGUCUAACAGAGUGUGCAACGCCCUGGCACUUCUGCAGUGUGUCGCCUCACACCCUGAGACACGGUCGGCUUUUCUGGCUGCUCACAUCCCUCUUUUCCUUUACCCUUUUCUGCACACCGUGAGCAAAACACGGCCAUUUGAGUACCUGCGACUCACCAGCCUUGGAGUCAUAGGUGCCUUGGUCAAAACAGAUGAACAAGAAGUGAUUAACUUCCUCCUCACCACUGAAAUCAUCCCACUGUGUCUCCGUAUCAUGGAAUCAGGAAGUGAACUCUCCAAGACGGUUGCUACUUUCAUACUGCAGAAGAUUCUGCUGGAUGACACAGGGCUGGCCUACAUAUGUCAGACAUAUGAACGUUUCUCCCAUGUGGCCAUGAUCCUUGGCAAAAUGGUGUUGCAGCUCUCCAAAGAACCAUCUGCACGUCUGCUGAAGCAUGUUGUUCGCUGCUACCUUCGUCUCUCAGAUAAUCUCAGAGCCAGAGAAGCCCUGCGUCAGUGUUUGCCAGACCAGCUGAAAGACAGCACCUUUGCCCAGGUGCUGAAGGACGACACCACCACCAAGCGCUGGCUCGCACAGCUGGUCAAGAACCUGCAGGAGGGCCAGGUCACCGAUGCUAGAGGCAUCCCACUGGCUCCACAGUGAUGGGGACAACGUAUGCGCUGACAGUGGAUACAGGAGGAACCUGUCAUCACUGUCUAGAUUUUGUAUUUUGCAAAAUGUGGUGCUAAGACUGUCUGCAAAGUAAAGGGACUUAAUAAGAGAGGAAGAUAUUUUGCUCUUGGAUGGAUUCAUAUCCACAGAUCUGUCUGUCAGUUCAUCACGUCCACACAUGAGGCAUCUUUCACAACUGAAAUCUUUUUGUUUUUGUUUUUUUUGUCUGACAGAUGGUGGGUUUUCAAAGCCAAAACUGAUGCCAGAAGUUGAAGAUAAUGAAAUUUAUAUUGGCAGAUAUUUGUUUUUGACAUAAAACAAUUAUCCCUCAGAAUAGGUUGAUUAAAAAGUUGGGAGAAAGAUACAGUAUGUCUGGUUGGCUAUUUUAAAGUGAAAUAAAACUUCACUAUCAAAACAAUAAAAGUAAUUUUUGAAG